CUCACCUGUGUUUACAUGGAUCAGCUGGACUUGACACGGGGAAAUGAAUUUACUAGGAAAUGCGCACCCAUCUUGAGCUCUACUAGUGAUUUCAGUAUUGGUGGGCUAAUUAAGACUGGUGUGUUGGCAGGCGUGUUCCUUGGGUGAUCCAGCCCUGGAAUAGCUAUGAAUAUUGUUAUUGAAGACACGGGUGAAAGCAGUCUUGGCAUCAGGGCAGGAUGCAGGCUGUUCAACAGGCUGCAACGCAGUACUUGACUUUUGGUACUGAAGCACCAGAUUCAGGAUGGAUGUGCAUUCACACUCCAAAGGGUGCACACAUCAUCCAGACAGCCAAUGGGCAGUUGAUGCUACAGACAGUGGGUGGUUCAGGUUCUAUACAGGUGGCACAAGCUGGGGGCACCCAGCAAUUACAGCAGCUUCAAGUUGUUCCUGCCUCUGGACUACAAGGAAGUAACCAUGUAGUGAGUGUGCCUGCUGGGUCGGCACAGCAAGCCCAGAUCAUCCAGACUGCAGAUGGUCAAGCACUGGUCUAUCCUAUACAGCUGGAUAGUCAAGGAAAUGUUAUUCAACAACAACCCACAAUUCUGAAUGUUUCAGGUAACCUAAUUCAGCUAGCAACAUCACAAGGAGGGACUGUGCAACAGAGCCAAAGCCAAACAGCUCAACAGACGGCGCAAACUCAACAGACUAACCUUGCAAAUGUAGUCAUGGUUGGUAAUGGAGGUGUAGCCCAAUUACAAAGAAUACCACUUCCUGGACCUGAAUUAUUGGAGGAGGAGCCCUUGUAUGUAAAUGCUAAACAAUACCACAGAAUUCUUAAAAGACGCCAAGCCAGAGCAAAGCUAGAAGGUGAAGGCCGGAUACCUAAGGAACGCAAAAAAUACCUUCAUGAGUCAAGACAUCGGCAUGCAAUGAACAGAGUGAGAGGGGAAGGAGGCCGGUUCCAUAAAGGACACACCAAUAACAACUGCAAUAAUAACUUCUCAGACAGAAACCACUCGAGAGAAGAUAUGAUGGACAACUUAGGAGGACUUGGCCUACAGAAUGGUAUGGAUGAACUAAUAACAGGUGAUCCUGUACAGUCCAGAGUAACAGAAACAAAAGUGUUUGUUAGCUGAGGCAUAUCGGGUUGUUCUCCAGAAUUUGAGGAAGGUUAACAAGUGCCAAGCAAGAGAUGUGCAGAGUUGGGUGUGAAGUGGACCAGUAUCGGCAUCAUGUGAGCUAUACUUCAGUAGAUAAUAAGCUACUGAAAUUUGUGGGCGACUUUGCGAGUCGGGAUGCGGGCAUUAUAUUGUAUGGUUUGUUCCACUCUUGGCACUUUUACUUUCCACAGGAGAACCACCCUGAUAAUUUGGUUUGUGUGAAGUGUGAACUAAAUCAGUGGCAUGACAUCACCAGAAAAAGACAGUGUAAUGAAUUUGUGGUGGCCUCAAAAGGAAAGAAUGAUUUUGUUUAAAUUAUAAAAACCAGUAUGGAAGGAUGAGCAAAUUGGUGUAAAACCAUGAAAAUUUGUCCCACUUUAAAAGUCAAAUUAAUUUUAUGUAUAUUUUGAUUUGUUAUUAGUGUUGAAUAUAGAAUAUAUUUGAAUUGGCAUUGAAGUAGGAAACAAAAGCAAAUAUUGGACAUCUUGAAAGAGGUGGAAGAUAAUUGUGUGUAGCGCUGGAAACCUGAAAAAUCUUAUUAUGUACCUCUUUGUAAUAUGUUUUAAGUUUAUCUUGGUACUUAAUUAGGUUGUAUUCAUUGUAUACAAAUGUUUAUAUAUUAUAUGAAAUUUAGAAUUUCUAAACUUCCAUGGCAAGCAUCAACCAUAUGCACAUAGAGUACUUAAAUUUGUUCGCUUUUUCAUUGUGUAAUAAUGAUUAUUAUAGUUUUAUGUUGCACCUUAAGAGAUCUUGAAUAUUAAAAUACAACUUUUCCUCUAAUCUCAUAGUUUAGGUUUCGGUGUUAUUAUUUCAAAUUAUUGGGAGUUCAGCACAUUUCAUGUAGCACGGAAUUUUGAUUACAAAGUUUGCCGUGAGAAUAACUAUUAAACUUUCCAUAAAUAGCUUUAACAAAGAAUCAUUGUGAAACCAAAUUCAAUGUUUUUUGUAUUAAAAUAUCUUUAAUUGCUUAAUGAUACUUUACCCAAUAUCAAAUUUUAAUUGUUGACACAUGAGCCAUUAAAAUGUUGCUAAACGCUUACAUAAUGGGAAAGUUCAGGAUUGUGCGUCACAUAAUAAUUGUGUAUUGAAUUAAUGUUACUUGGUACAUAACCUUUACAUUGAUGUCAGAUCGGAAGGUAAUAAUGUUUACUAAAAAUCGGGUAGGACAGCGUGUGUAAAGAUGGAAGUAUCCUGCUGUUAUCACAAUCCAGUAAUGUCAAGUGUCUUAAGAAUUCAGUCUGAAGUAUAUUGAUACAAAAUAAUUAAUAAUAAUAAUAAUAAUAAUAAUAAUAAUAAUAAUAAUAAAUAAUAAUAAUGAUGAAGCAGCAGAUUUAGAGCAAUGUUGAAUAGUCUUGAGCCAAUAUGUAUGAUCAGUGCCAAUGAUAACUUUGUAGAUAUGAUUAAUACCAAUUCAUUCUUUUAUGUAAUUUUAUUGUUACAAAAGUUUGUAAUAAACGUUGAUUGGGUUUAUAA